CGCGGCCCCGCCUCCCUCCGGAGCCCGGUAGCCUCAGCUCUGCUGUCUGCCUCAUUCGCCGAGCAGGUCCAUGAAUUGUCAACGCGUUCCGGGCGGCCGCUGAGCCGGGGCGCCCGCCGGGCUUGUCGUGCUCUCUCGGAGGUGCCCGCCCGAACCGAUGUGCAGGGUUCUCUAGAACGAGAGCAGUCGCUGGUUCGGGGCAACUUGGGAUUCAGGACCCGCAGCAGGGGCGUCGGUUUGGGAUCCGGACUCAGCGAGGAGGGAAAACCCAUCAGAUGAAAAUUUAAAAGUGAAGGUAGACCUCUGCCUAUGUGGCUGUUUUAUCUUAGAUGGAAAUCCUCUAUGAACGUGGAAGCCAUUAGCAGAGUAAUUGCUGUCUGUUACCAUGACAACCAGCCGCUGCAGUCACCUGCCUGAAGUGUUGCCAGACUGCACCAGCUCGGCUGCGCCUGUGGUGAAGACCGUGGAGGACUGUGGCAGCCUAGUGAAUGGGCAGCCACAGUAUGUCAUGCAAGUUUCGGCCAAGGACGGGCAGCUGCUGUCAACAGUGGUGCGGACUCUUGCCACCCAGAGCCCCUUCAAUGACCGGCCGAUGUGCAGGAUCUGCCAUGAGGGCAGCAGCCAAGAGGACUUGCUCUCCCCCUGUGAAUGCACGGGGACCUUGGGGACAAUCCAUCGGAGUUGCCUGGAGCACUGGCUGUCAUCCUCAAACACCAGCUACUGUGAACUCUGCCACUUCCGGUUUGCAGUCGAGCGCAAACCCAGGCCGUUAGUGGAGUGGCUCCGAAACCCAGGCCCCCAGCAUGAGAAGCGGACUCUGUUUGGAGACAUGGUGUGCUUCUUGUUCAUCACGCCGCUGGCCACCAUCUCAGGCUGGCUCUGCCUGCGGGGUGCCGUGGACCACCUGCACUUUAGUAGUCGGCUGGAGGCCGUCGGACUGAUCGCACUCACUGUGGCACUCUUCACCAUUUACCUCUUUUGGACACUAGUGUCAUUUAGGUACCACUGUCGAUUGUACAACGAAUGGCGUCGGACCAAUCAGAGAGUGAUUCUCCUCAUCCCAAAGUCUGUCAGCGUCCCUUCUAACCAGCAGUCCCUGCUGGGCCUCCACUCUGUCAAGAGGAACUCAAAGGAGACCAUUGUUUGACGUCCGUGUGGCUGGUUUGCUGACUCGUUGUUUGGGGUUCUGGAAGUUUCUGCACUGGGGCCAUGCACUGAGCCACCUCCAAACCCUUCCUGAAGCUGUGGGUCUCGGGACAUCCGGAGCCGUGGGAGCACCUCGCCCGGAGCAAUGGACUCGGCCCCAAAGAAAGCAAACACCAUUUCACUUGGAAUCAUGGAUGCUGCAGUCACGUGAUACUUGCUGAGCUGCCAAACGUGCUUACUGACCAGAUACUAUAUGAAAUUUCCCAAACACCUCUGUAACAGAUGAGGAAGCUUGUUCUGCUAAAAAUGCAAUUCAAUGCUUCCUUUUUUAUUACAAUUUCAAAUAUAUAUAUAUAGAUAUAGAUAUAUAUUAAAGUCAGAUGAUAAUCACCAUGGAAAAGCCAAUGUUACAACUGGUUUCUUGGUUUGGACUGUUUGGGUUUUGGGUGAGUUUAUCUGUUUCCCGGUUUCUACUGUAGAUUCUUUGGGGUAAUUUGAUAACCAGAGUGGUCUUUUUUCAUCUCCUCCUUCUCUCUUACUCAAGGGGACAACAUAACAACUGCAGAGCAAGGCAUAGCUGAAGGACGUUUUGUACUAAACUUCGUUUAUUCCGUUUUUAAAGGGGGAAAAAAAAAAAAAGAAAGGCGUGGCGACUCUCCUGACAGUGAGCUGUUUAUUUAAAUUUCAUUAAGGAGAAAAAAAAUUAAGGUGAGAAGCACGCUCCUUUCAACUUGUUUGGUAUUGCCGGCUGAUAAAAACUAUUUUCUAAUAAUAAAUAUCCAGUGUGUCAAAGACAAA